UUUUUUAUUAGAGGACAGCCCAGCUGCUCUCUAUAGAGCCCAGUGUAGUGGGGUGUGUUGCCUGGUCCUGGGGAACUCAAGUGGUUACAGCCUCUGUGUGUCCAGAGGAGCCCCCACUGGGGUUUGAGGCAGCCAUGGGGCUGUUGCCUGUGGCUGUGGCCGUGGCCAUCUUCCUGCUCCUGGUGGAUCUGAUGCACCGGCGCCAACGCUGGGCUGCUCGCUACCCGCCAGGCCCCAUGCCAGUACCCGGGCUGGGCAACCUUCUGCAGGUGGACUUCCAGAACAUGGCUUACUCCUGCUACAAGCUGCGAAAUCGCUUCGGAGACGUGUUCAGCCUGCAGCUGGCCUGGAAGCCAGUGGUCGUGGUCAAUGGACUGCAGGCCGUGCGAGAGGCCCUGGUGAAUCACAGCGAGGACACCGCUGACCGGCCACCCAUGCCCAUCUAUGAGCACCUGGGCUUAAGACAGAAUUCCACAGGAGUGGUCAUGGCACCCUAUGGACCCGCCUGGCGUGAACAGCGCCGCUUCUCUGUGUCCACUCUGCGCAACUUCGGCCUGGGCAAGAAGUCGCUGGAGCAGUGGGUGACCAAGGAGGCCUCCUGCCUCUGUGCCGCCUUUGCCAACCAGGACGGACGUGCUUUUAGCCCCAACACCCUCCUGAGCCAAGCAGUGUGUAACGUGAUCGCCUCCCUCAUCUACGCUCGCCGCUUUGAGUACGAUGACCCAGCCCUCAUCAGGAUGAUGGACCUGCUGGAGGAUUCUUUGAAGGAGGACUCAGGCUUGAUGCCCCAGGUACUGAACGCAGUCCCCAUGCUCCUGCGCAUCCCUGGAGUGGCUGAGAAGGCCUUGCCUGGACAAAAGGCCUUGUUGGCCCUGAUAGAUGAGCUGUUGACAGAGCACAAGAUGACCCACGACCCAAACCAACCACCCCGAGACCUGACUGAUGUCUUCUUGACCGAGGUGGAGAAGGCCAAGGGGAACCCUGAGAGCAGCUUCAAUGAUGAGAACCUGCGCAUGGUUGUGACUGACCUGUUCACGGCAGGGAUGGCGACCACAUCAACCACGCUGGCCUGGGCCCUGCUGCUCAUGAUCCUCCAUCCAGAUGUGCAGCGCCGAGUCCACCAGGAGAUCGAUGAAGUGAUCGGGCAGGGGCGGCGCCCAGAGAUGGGGGACCAGGCCCACAUGCCCUUCACCAACGCCGUGAUUCACGAGGUGCAGCGCUUUGGGGACAUCAUCCCAAUGAGUGUGCCCCACAUGACGUCCCGUGACACUGAGGUGCAGGGCUUCCUCAUCCCCAAGGGGACAACGAUCAUCACCAACCUGUCAUCCGUGCUGAAGGAUGAGACCGUCUGGGAGAAGCCCUUCCGCUUCCACCCGGAACAUUUCCUGGACACCGAGGGCCGCUUUGUGAAGUUCGAGGCCUUCAUGCCAUUCUCAGCAGGUGCUUGCUUCUUAGGCCGUCGCGCAUGCCUUGGGGAGCCCCUGGCCCGCAUGGAGCUCUUCCUCUUCUUCACCUGCCUCCUGCAGUGCUUCAGCUUCUCAGUGCCUGAGGGGCAGCCCCAGCCCAGUGACUAUGGUGUUCCUUACUUCCUUGUGAGCCCAUCCCCCUACCAGCUCUGUGCUGUGUCCCGCUAGAAGAGGCCCCAAGGGCCCAACGUGCCUGCAACUGGGGCCCUGAGUCAUAAUAAACCAAUGUCGUGGCUGCCGCCAUCA